GAGUAGUGAGUGGGAGUGGUGAGUGGUGAGGAUGAGUGGUGAGGGUGAGUUGUGAGUGGUGAAAGGUAUUGUCAAAGCCCACCGGGCUUUGACAAUACCUUAGUAUCUGUGUAUAUAUGUAAGGUUAUUAAGAAAUAUAUUUUUCAUCCGGGCAACGCCGGGUACUUCUGCUAGUACAAAAUAUAAGAGCAAAAAGUCGGUGGCUUAUCCAAGUGGUGAGUGGGUACCACUGAGAACCUGGGUUCAAAUCCAGGCAGCUUCCCCUGAUUAAACUGGGUUCUCAAGUGUAGUUAGUUGAUGGUCUGAGCCCUUGUCACCAAUGAAUGCACUACAAUAACACCACUGUGCAUUUGGUUCUGAACUUAAAUUAGCUGGAAUCCAAAUCUGAGUAUUAAAAUACGAUUUACUGUCAUGUGACAAAUGUUACUCUCUCUACCAGGGCAGUUGGAAAAGUGCUGCCCAAUAAUGUGCAGAUGUGAGAUUACUUAAAGUGUUUUCAGAAGUAGUUCUGUGAUUGCCGCUUCCAUGGGCUGGCCUCUAACACAAACGAUUGCACUGCUGUACCAGUGAUUUGAAUGGAUUCUUAUUCUCAAUUCAUAAUGCUUACAGCAUAAUCGGGAUACAAUUGGGGACUUUCAUUGUUCAGCCUAUCUAUUCACCCACCCACGUGGUGUUCUCCCCAGCUACAUGUAAAUCAGUGCCGUUACUGUCCAGGGUUAGUUGCUGCCAGCCGGUUCUGCAAUCUACUCGUGUCGGAAAAGAUCUGUAAAUCUUAUGAAUCAUAAAUAAAGCACCUUUUUUGUAGUCCAAUUGUACUUCAUAUUGUUUUUAUGGGGCUCCUCUGUCUGUGCAUAACACGAGCCAGGACCUACGGGGGUUCAUGUCGACGCGUACGGCCCGCGGGCCGCUGCUGGAGGGCUGGCGGAAUGACACGACGCCUGUCAUGUGCUCCUACAAGCUGGUCACCGUCAAGUUCGAAGUGUGGGGGCUCCAGACUCGAGUCGAACAGUUUGUUCACAAGGCCAUCAGGGAUGUGCUCCUGACCGGACACAGGCAGGCCUUCGCGUGGGUGGACGAGUGGUACGGAAUGACGAUGGAGGAGGUGCGGGAGUAUGAGCGCAACACGCAGGAGGCGACCAACAAGAAGCUGGGCAUCCUGCCACCCGUCAUUCUCAUCUGCGAGCCGGCCGUGCAGCCCGUCACACGCAGCGCGCCACCUAGCGCCCCCUCUACGCCCAUCACCUCCGAGCCGCCCGACUUCCUGGGGCCGCCCAAGGAGCGCCAGCGCAAGACGUCGGCGCCGGAGACGCUCACACUGCCGCAAAGUCACUGCCGUCCGAGCAGCCUACCCUGACCGAGCCUCGACAACUGACUCGGCAAACUGAGGACCACCGCCCACCACCCUCUCGCGGUGCGGCAGCUUUUCUCAUCCGAAGAAACUCUCGCGUUGUAAACGGGGCCCAGCGGAAAAGAACACAAUGCCAAAAACACAACCUUCCUGCCCACCAUGACUCUGCUGCUUCUUGUAUCUGAGGCAGAUUGGUGCCAAGAGAGGAUGUUUUUUCUGCGGUUCACACCCAGCAGCAUCACCACCUUCGCUGGAACACUCAAAUGAGCCAUCACCACUGACUGAAUGUGGACCCCCCACUGUCUCCACUGCCUGGGGAUAUUCACGGAUAAUACACACACGCACACUGGUGCCAAUGGCCUCAAAACUCAAUAUAGUCACCCACACGUAGUUGCACAAGUUAGAUGUUUUAGAUUACGUUUGACAGGAUGUGAGAUAUUUUUGUGGUCAAAUGUAGAAGUUGCAAUGUGCUUUUGUUGCCAUAAUUUAUUCUGGAGUAUGCCAAAAGUGGCCAAAAAUAGAGGUACUUGCGCUUUUGCUUCAACAGAAAGGAUUCAGGAGCUGCAUUAGUUCGUAAAUGUAUGUUUUUGUUAUAUUUUGCAUUGGAAAGUUAUAUUCAUAAAUCUUGAGUUUCCAUUGCACUGGUUGACUCAAACAACUGAUGUUUAUUCGAUGCAAAUUUGGAAAAUGAACAAUAAUAAAAUGUACAUUGUGAGUAGGAUAUAAAAUGUACACAUUUAUUAAUUAUUUUGUCAAAUAAUGCACAAUAAUAAAAUCAGCUUUAUAAAGCGCCUUUCAAAUUAGGAAUCCCAAAUAUGAAUAUUUACAUCAAAAUAAUGUCAUGGCAGAAACUCUAAUCAGAAUGCUACUGGAAAAUCAAUGUGUAAAUCACAGUACACAUCACGCAGUAACAGCUGUGUAGGUUACCAUGAUUGUGCUGAAUAGUUAUCCGAUGUGUUUUCGGGUCGUACUGUGCAUUGUUUGGUACGAUGUCUAACGUUUUGCACGUGGAGUCAGAUUUUGGACAUGUAUGUUUAACUUCUUUCGCGCACCAUACAUAGCCAAGCGUGUUAAUCGUACAUCAUCUUGUACAAUGCAAAGUACAACCCGAAGACACAUCCAAGAGGCAAGUUAUUCAACUUAAGCAAAUACUUUGAUGAAAAUAAGUCACAUUAUUUACCCUCCUUAUAUAAUAAUCCAGAAUGAGGGGCAGUCAAAAACAUUUGAGUGCGAUUUGAUAUAAAAACAAAGUUCCACCAUCCCAGUGUUGAGCUUCUAGUCAUAUCAUAGAAUAAAUAGAUGUUAGAUGUGACUGUUUUAAACAUUACAGCAAAGUGUUCAUUGUCGGUUUGUGACUGCCUUUAGAAUAUUUUUCGUAACAAUUCUGUAUUUAUACUGUAAUAUGUAUCAUUGCAGUUUAAUUUUCACUUUCGUUUGGUCUUCUGUAUCGGCUGUUUAGGUGACAUGAAAUCCCCCAUGGGAGAGGAGGUGUUAGUAGACAGUCACAGCCACACAAACGAUUGUCCGGUCAGUGCAAGAGGAUCACUAUUUCACGGUGGUUAUUGUUUUGUUUUUGUGAAGGGCAAUGUUUGUCAGCUUUCGGAAGGGACAGAAGAAUCAUUUUGGACAAAUCACGGUAUUUGUUUUAGUUCGUAUAUCUUUUCUUAUUCGUGUGUGAUGCAAAUGCGAAUUGUGCUGAUUAUGGACUCUUGAAAUACACAGCACUCAAACAGUAAGCUCAAUACUCAAGUCAGUGGCCAGGAAUGGAGAUGUAAUAUAUAUCGAUUUAAGGCUUUCGUGACUGCAGGGAUUCAUCUUCUUGGUUCUUUCGGUAAAGUCACGUAGAAGGGAAAUAAAAAAUAAAAAUAAUGAUAUUAUUGUAUUAUGCUUUCUUUUUAUUCUUUUAUUAUUUCCCUUCAACGUGACUUUACCGAAAGAACCAAGAAGAUGUAAUAUAUAGUGCAGUAGAAUUCCUACUUGUGAGAAAGUGAUGGGGGUAGGGAGGUGUACUGGCCAGAUCCCAUCUGUAAUCUACCCGGCAAGAACAGGCAGCCAUUCGCCGAUUAGAACACCCCCAACUUCUAUAGAGUGGCUGCCCCCUUGGUCGAGUGAUACGCGCCAUUUUCACGGAAUCGGUCAAGCUCUCGAGUCAGUCAAGAUACAGUCUGCUGGCAGAAGCCCUAAAAGCUCGAUGCUUGAUUGUGUUGACUUUUCUGAGAGCGGAGGCUUGAGUUCAGCAGUGCAUAUGCCCCCAGACUUUCUACCGACAUGCCAGUCGCGUCGCGCCAGUUGGCAUGGUCCUUGGGAAAAGAAGGAAAUAAAUAAAUAAAACCCUUGCGUGUCGGCGCUCCCAACUGUGUGUAGCCUGGCGCCCAACGGCCUGUGGGCCCCGGUGCAGUUGCAUCGUCUGCACACUCGAUAGCCAUGCCACUGCCCCUCUGACGUUUACAACCACUUGCUGGUGUAUGCUAAGCCAACUGUCUGCAAAUAUUAACCAUUGAAACGCACAUUCAUUUGUUUACAUUGUACGCAUAUAGCAGUACUAAUACUGGUAGGAACCAUCUGGUUCCACCAGCCCACAGGGGAUUAUUGUGUCCGUCCGUCCGUCGUGCAUCCAAAAA